ACGCACCUGGGCCGCCGCCCCUGCGGCCCCUCCUCCCGCCGCCGGGAAGAGGAAAGUCUCGGCGGGGGCGCGGCCCGGUCUCCACCCCCGCCAGCCCGCCAGCCCGCCUGCCUGGCUGCCCGGCCGCGCCGUCCCAGCAGCGGCGCCCAGAGCUGCGACCCGCGCGCCCCUCUCCGCCGCCCGGCCGGGCCGCCAUGUCUCUGUGGAAGAGAACCCUGUACAGGAGUGUGUGCCUGGCACUGGCGCUGCUGGUGGCCGUGACGGUGUUCCAACGCAGCCUGGCACCCAGCGAGUUCCUCCAGGAGCACCCCCUGCCCUCCCUAGUGCCACCGAAGGUCCAGAAAGUGAGCGAAAACCUGGUGAACCCCAACAGCUUCUGGAAGAGCCCAGAAGAUGCAACCGCCCCCACGGCAGCAGCCUUUCGGGGACCCCAGACUUGGGACGUGACCACUAACAACUGCUCUGCCAACACCAACCUGACACACCAGUCCUGGUUCCAGGGCCUGGAGCCGCACUUCCAGCAGUUCCUGACCUAUUCACACUGCCGCUACUUCCCUAUCCUGCUGAACCACCCAGAGAAGUGCCAGGGUGACGUGUACCUGCUGGUGGUGGUCAAGUCCAUCAUCACGCAGCAUGACCGUCGCGAGGCCAUCCGCCAGACCUGGGGCCUGGAGCGGGAGUCGGUGGGUGGGGGCCGGGGCGCCGUGCGCACCCUCUUCCUGCUGGGCACAGCGUCCAAACAGGAGGAACGCACCCACUACCAGCAGCUGCUGGCCUACGAGGACCGCCUGUACGGCGACAUUCUGCAGUGGGACUUCCUCGACAGCUUCUUCAACCUGACCCUUAAGGAGAUCCACUUCCUCAAGUGGCUGGACAUCUACUGCCCCCACGUGCCCUUCAUCUUCAAGGGCGACGACGACGUCUUUGUCAACCCCACCAACCUGCUGGAGUUCCUGGCUGACCGGCGGCCGCAGGAGAACCUCUUUGUGGGGGACGUCCUGCAACACGCCCGGCCCAUCCGCAGGAAGGACAACAAGUACUACAUCCCCUUGGUGCUGUACCCCAAGCCCAGCUACCCGCCCUACGCCGGCGGAGGGGGCUUCCUCAUGGCCGGCAGCCUGGCCCGGCGCCUGCACCGCGCCUGCGACACCCUGGACCUCUACCCCAUUGACGACGUCUUCCUGGGCAUGUGCCUGGAGGUGCUGGGCGUGCAGCCUGUGGCCCACGAGGGCUUCAAGACCUUCGGCAUCUCCCGGAACCGCAACAGCCGCAUGAACAGGGAGCCGUGCUUCUUCCGCUCCAUGCUGGUAGUGCACAAGCUGCUGCCCGCUGAGCUGCUGGCCAUGUGGGGGCUGGUGCACGGCAACCUCACCUGCUCCCGCAAGCUGCAGGUUCUCUGAGCCAUGCUGCCCCCAGCCCGCUGCCACCGCCACCAAGCCUCCAGGAUUGCCGUUCAGUGCCCGGCGUAGCCUUCAGUCCCUUGCCGGGAGGUGGUGAAAGUGCUGCUGCUGGGUGUGGUGGUGGUGGGGAGGGGGUGCAGGUAGCUGCGGUGGGAAGAAGGGGACCGCUGUGUUUGUCUUUUCCAGG